GUCAAAUAGCUGUGUUACUUUACAGAGGACCAGAAAAUAUAAACAAUCCCAGCACUGAAAGUUUAUUUGAUAUAUUUCCUGAUUUAUUAAAUCAUAUUUUUAUAUUUAAAUACUGUAUAACAUGAGAGAAGGUGAACUUUUAACCGCUCGUUUGUGAAGAGCAGGAACUGCAGGCGUUGUUCCACGUGCCUUGUGCUCACUCACUGCUUAUAAGCGGUUAUAAGCAUGCACACGCUCCCUGGGUCACAUUGCACUGUUUUGUGUAAUAGCUACAGGUGACAGAAUGAAGGUGCUGGUGUUAAAAGAGCCCAGAGAGAGCGAGAGUGGAUCAGAUCCAUACAUCAAGGAGCUUUCGGUGUAUGGACACUCGGCUACACUCAUCCCCGUCCUGGCGUUUCAGUUUGUCUCCCUGACUCGUCUGUCAGAUCAGCUGUUUGAUACACAGAGAUAUGGCGGGCUCGUUUUCACAAGUCCCAGAGCGGUGGAGGCUGUUAGACGGUGCAUUGAAAACAGAGAAGAUUGGGACACAGUGAAGGAACAGUGGGGCAUGAAGUCUGUGUAUGUGGUGGGGAAAGUGACCGCAUCAUUAGUUGAGGCUCUGGGUCUGAAGCCCCUCGGCGAACACACAGGCACGGCUGAGGUUCUGUCUCGACUCAUUAUUGAGAGAGAAAACUCCAUGUCUUUGCCUCUUUUUUUUCCCUGUGGCUCUCUGAAGAGGGAAGUGCUGCCUACAACACUGAGACAACAUGGUAUUUCUCUGGAGACUCUAACAGUCUAUGAGACGGCUGAACAUCCAGAGUUGGAGAAGAACAUCACGCGCUACUUCACAGAGCAGGGAGUUCCAGCCAGUGUUGCUUUCUUCAGUCCUUCUGGAGUAAAGUUUUGUCUGGAGCUGGUAAAGAAACUGGCUGGAGAACAACUGGACCAGAUCAAGUUUGCUGCUAUCGGUCCCACCACGGCCGAGGCUCUACAGGAAGCUGGUGUGAGCGUCAGCUGCUCGGCUCAGAAACCCACGCCGCAGCACCUGGCCACAGCCAUCACACACAGCCUAAGCGACGACCUCUGACCCCAGCCUCCGUCCAUCAACACCUGAGCUAUCACAUCCAAAGCUAAAAGAUCACAACAUUUAGGCAACAUUAAAUAAACAUAUCGGUUAGUCGGUCAUAAGCUUUACUGAAUACACACCAUAAUCUUAUUACUGAUGUUUUGCCAGAUUUUGGAAAUACAGCAAAAUAACUGGAAGAUUGAAGAAACUGAAUAUACAAUAAAAACUUUAGAUCAAAGAAAAAAACAACCUACAAAAGUUACCGAAUAUUAUUACCGUCGAUUCCGCUCGAUAUCCCGCGACGCAUCCGUCCAAGAAACGGACAGUUUUUCUGUAUUUUGUUGCGCUGCUUUUAUUUUGAUUAUCAUCACAAUGUUUGUAUUUGAUGCGCUGUAAUGACUCUGUGUUACGGCUCUGUUCUGAGUUCUGUUUCAGAUGAAAAUGCAAAUAAAGGACAGUUUAUACUUUCA